AGACAUUGUUCGAAAGACAGAAGCUCUGAGCGACGUCCUGGGAAUAGGUGGACGUAGCAACGGGGAUAAGACACACAAACCUGAUUAUACCAUGCUGUCGCCGAGCUUCAGAAGAAAAUCCACAUGCUCACUCGCCAACCCUCCAGACAUGGGCAACACCAGGGAUGACAUUCUCAAUAUUCUAUCAAGGAAAGACUUUGAAAACUUCAGACAGGCCCUUAGGAAGGAGCAUGUGUCUAUGCUCUUCAAAGACAACAACACUCUUCUCCACUACACAGUGGUUAGUGGUGACACAGAGAGUGUGAAGCAUGUCUUGAGUCUUGGUGCGGAGGUAAACUCACAGAGCGUCAGAGGAUACACCCCUCUCAUUGUGGCUGUGCUCCACAAGUUCCACGAGAUAUGCUCCUUGCUGACGGAGCACGAGGCAGACGUUAAACUUGGAGAUGGGGACCAGUGGACUCCUCUGCACUUUGCCGCUCAAAGCGACGACAGCAGAGUUGUCCGUCUGCUACUGGACAGUGGCGCCCAGCCUAGCGUUAAGGAGAAAGCCGGGUGGACGCCGCUUCACCUGGCCACUCAGAACGGCCACGAGAACGUCGUGCGUCUCCUCCUGACGCGGAUGGGGAGCGCCGACGAGCACGAGGAGGUCCACGGGAGGACGGCGCUCCACGUGGCGAGUGUGUACGGCCACCUCGCCAUCGCCAAGCUCCUGCUCAGUAAGGGAGUUGACCCCAACGGGACGGAUCACUCCCUGACCACCGCUCUACACCUGGCAGCCGAGGAGGGCCACAACAGGGUAGCCAGGCAGCUGGUGACAGCUGGCGCCGAUGUCAACUCCCUGGACAGCCGGCACUACACCCCAUUACACUUCGCCGCCCUCAAGGGACACACGGGCAUCUGCAGGCUACUGUUGGGCAACGGGGCGAAUCCCGACCCCAGGACCCUCCAGGGUUGGACGCCCAUGCACUUGGCGGCGCUGAAGGGCCACGCGACCACCGUGCUGGAACUAGAAGCCCACCAGGGCUCUAUGGACCUGCCAGGAAAGGGUGGCUGGACACCCCUCCACUUGGCCUGCCACCACGGGCAAGAGGAAGUGGUGUCCAAGCUGCUGUCGGCCAAGGCCAAUCCCGACAUGGCAGAGGAUAGCGGCUGGACGGCGCUCCACUUGGCGUGUAACGGCGGCCUUUUCCCCAGUGUGCUCCAGCUCAUCUCGCAUCGGGCCAACGUCAACGCUCUGAACAAGAGCCAGGCCACCCCAUUACAUCUGGCUGCCCAGAACGGCAGUGUUCCCAUUAUCAAAGCCCUGCUAAUGAACGGGGCAGAGAGGAGUAGUAAGGACUCGACAGGCUGCACAGCCCUAUCCCUGGCCAGGAAGUGUCAGAAAGAGGAGGUAGUGCAGCUACUGGAGGACAGUUAGUGAGCCUUUCACACUACUGUGCCGAACCGAGCCGCACCAUACCAAGCUGAACCGAGCCGAGCCAAACAAAGCUGUACUGAGCUGGUCUGGUUACAUAUCCACCAUUGUUGCUGGAACUGUGCUAAAAAAUUGUAAUGUGAGAAUAAACUAUCCGAGCCAGUACAAUUUGUUUCGGGUUGGCAAGAUAGUGUAAAAAGGGUACUAGAAAGCCAACAACGGCAUGUUGAACGAUAACUCUGGACAGGGUAACACUGAUGUCAGGCUUAGUGACUAAGAAGUACAGUACAUCACUGUUGGGAAAAGUGUAUUGAUACUCUAUUGAUUUAUGUCUCUACGGUGUCUACGCUGUAAUUAGGAAUGUUAUUCUGAAUGCUCAAUAUUAUAUUACAUUGUUAUGUUAAUUUAAAUUGUUUAAUUAUUUUUUUCCAGUGGUCAAGGAUGACCUUACUGUCUGUUGUCGACAUCUAUAAAUAUGUAAUUAUGACUCUGACCAUGAGUGGAUUAUAAAAUAACUUUUCAUUA